GCUUGGUGUAUUCUACAGGUACAUUCAAGGUCAAAGCUGGUCUUGCUCAGAUGGCAAAGGGAGGGAUUAUUAUGGACGUCACGACAGCGGCGGAAGCACGCAUCGCCGAGGAGGCGGGGGCUUGUGCUGUGAUGGCUUUAGAAAGAGUUCCAGCUGAUAUUCGUCGUCAAGGAGGAGUUGCCCGGAUGACAGAUCCCAAGUUAAUCAAAGAAAUCAUUGCUGCCGUAACUAUUCCUGUUAUGGCGAAGUCGAGGAUUGGUCAUUUUGCCGAGGCCCAGAUCCUGGAAUCUCUUGGAGUCGAUAUGAUCGACGAGUCUGAAGUACUAACCCCAGCAGAUGAAGUAAACCACAUCAACAAACACGACUUCAAAGUCCCGUUCGUGUGUGGAGCACGAGAUUUGGGCGAGGCUUUACGGAGAAUCUCAGAAGGUGCCGCCAUGAUAAGGACGAAAGGAGAAGCAGGGACAGGUGACGUUUCACAGGCUGUAAAACACGCACGAACAAUCAGCAAACAGAUUAAAAUGGCUCAGGCCAUGGACUCAACUGAAAUCUACAAUUACGCAAAAGAACUCCGAGUUCCGGUGGAGCUGCUGAAGAAAACGGCGGAAUUAGGCAGACUUCCUGUUGUCAAUUUUGCUGCUGGGGGACUAGCGACCCCUGCCGACGUCUCACUUAUGAUGCAGCUUGGUGUAGAUGGAGUCUUUGUGGGGUCCGGAAUCUUUAAGAGCAGUAACCCGCCGGUACGCGCUCUAGCCAUGGCGCAGGCUGUCACGCAUUACAAGGAACCUGCCACUUUGGCGCAAAUCAGCUCUGGACUAGGGGAAGCCAUGUUCGGGACGCCAGCGGCAGACAUAGAACUGAAGAAAAAAUUGGCGGGAAUUCCAGCGGAAAAACAGGAGAUCUGGAAUUCCACUUUGGGCGUGAAAUAAGAAUUUCUGAGGAAUAUUUUUAUGUUCUCAUAGCAUCGAUAGUGUAUGAAUUUAUCUGGUAACGCCAUAUUUGAUUGAUAUGUUUGUAUGGAAGUUCUAUCUGUCUGUAUGACUGUUCUGUUUGUAUGAAGGCUUCGUUCCUCCGUAUGAAAGCUGCGUCAGUCUUAGUGAACCUUCUGUCUAAUGCUUGAUUGAAACGUGCAUGUAAUGUACAUCGAACACUUGAUUUACUCUUAUAAUGAGUAAUAUUUGGGCGUGUUAGUGUGAUAUACAUUCUUCACAUCUAUAUUUUUUUUCUGAUUCAUACAUGUCCUACGUUUUAUAAUCAUGUGACUCGGGAAAAAAAUGUUUAGAAAUAUUCUGCUUUACUCAGAUACAAUGUAAUUUGCAAGCUUCGUGAAUUUGUUCUUCAACGAUGCAAUUGUCUAAUAUGUAGUAAGGCAGUUUUGUAAUAUGUUUUGAAGACUAAGUAGCUUUAAGAACCCUCUCUACACUGCACACUAAAGAGUUCUGAUUCUAAGGUAUUUUCUGCAGUUAGAGUGAUCUGCCCUUAGAUACAAAUUCUAAAAAAUAGAAAUUUACAAUAUAUUUCUCAACUUGUAAUGAGUUCUAGUAUUCUUAACAUUUUAAAAGCCAUGAUAAAUUAACUGAAUGUGUUAUUUACAUGUAUUUUCUCUAUUGAAGUAAUUAACAGUGAUUUCUAUUCACUGAUACUGUGUUGUCUUUGAACAUUUUUCCCGGGGGUAAAUGCCACGCACCAUACAGUGAAAAUAAAAUAAAUAAGCUCAAUAUUAACUCCUUUAUACAAUAUAUUUUUCUCAAUGUCUAAAAAAAUAUUUGCACUUGUGUAGAGAGGGUCCUUAAAUAUAUUAUAUGUAUUUCAUUUUUGUUGUCAAGCUGCUACUUAAAUAACCUUAAUUAUAUAAUCAAUUGGAAAGUGGAAA